AUGCUCACAUUUCAUAAUGCUUGCUCUGUACCCAGCUCCUUCCACCUCAUGGGCAUUCCAGGGCUGGAGUCCCUGUACAUCUGGCUCUCUAUCCCCUUUAGCUCCAUGUAUUUGGUGGCUGUGGUGGGAAAUGUCACCAUCUUGGCUGUCAUAAGGGUAGAACACAGCUUGCACCAGCCCAUGUACUUCUUUCUCUGCAUGCUGGCUAUCAUUGACCUGGUUUUGUCCACUUCCACUAUGCCCAAACUUCUGAGCAUUUUUUGGUUUGGUGCUGGUGAUAUUGGCUUAGAUGCUUGCUUGGCCCAAAUGUUUCUUAUCCACUGCUUUGCUACUGUUGAGUCAGGCAUAUUUCUUGCCAUGGCUUUCGAUCGCUAUGUAGCUAUCUGCAACCUGCUAUACCAUACCACGGUGCUCACCCAUGCAGUGGUGGGUCAUUUGGGGUUGGCUGCCUUCCUCCGAGGAGUUCUCUACAUUGGACCACUGCCUCUGAUGAUCAGAUUGAGGCUUCCUCUUUACAAAAGCCACAUCAUCUCCCACUCUUGCUGUGAACACAUGGCUGUCAUCACCUUGACGUGUGGUGACAGCAGAGUCAACAAUGUCUAUGGGCUGAGCAUUGGGUUUGUGGUACUGGUCCUGGACUCCAUGGCUAUUGCUACCUCUUAUGUGAUGAUUUUCAGGGCUGUAAUGGGGCUUGCCACGCCAGAGGCCAGGCUUAAAACUUUGGGAACAUGCGGUUCUCAUGUCUGUGCCAUCGUGAUCUUCUAUGUUCCCAUUGCUGUUUCCUCUCUAAUUCAUCGAUUUGGUCACCAUGUGUCUCCUCCAAUCCACACUCUCUUGGCCAACUUCUAUCUCCUCAUUCCUCCAAUCCUUAAUCCCAUUGUCUAUGCUGUACGUACCAAGCAGAUCCGAGAGAGGCUUCUUCAAAUCCUGAAGAUAAGAGCUAAGAUCAGAUGA